UCAGGGUCUUGUUAGUUGUACAGGUCUAACAGAUGUGUAACAACUACGCACUGCAGUACAUAAGUACGAAUACUUUAGUUUUUCGUCGAAUUAAAAAUGAAGUAUGAAGAUAUUCUGCAUAGAAUUGGUGGUUACGGCAAGUAUCAGAAGAUAAUAGUGGGAUUGCUUGUGUUAAGCUCGAUACCUAAUGGACUUUUUACGAUGGUGACGGUUUUUAUACUCGAUACUCCAUCGCAUCACUGCUAUGUUGAUUUUGCCAAGUAUAACCUGACUAAAUUGACAGAAACUGGAAGAGAAUUAUGGUUGGACCAGCUAAUUCCGUGGGAACACAAUGAAGAUGGAGAACUGGUCAGAAGUCAGUGCAAGAAAUAUGCACCCGAGUUCAACAAGACUUCGAUUAACUCUACAAAUACCAAGAAUAGAACAAUAAUUCCAUGUGAUGGAGGAUGGACUUUUUACCCGAUGUGGGCUGAAACGACAGUCGUCAUGGAGUUGAAUUGGGUAUGUGAUGAUGCGUGGAAAAAGCCGUCGGUGAUAUCUCUCUACAUGGCUGGAAUUCUACUUGGAUCUCUAGUCAGUGGCGUUUUGUCUGACAGGUAUGGACGAAGGCCAGUGUUUUUGUGGGGAACGUUUUUGCAAUUCGUUUCAAUGUUUUGUAACGGAUUUUGUAAUAACUCUGCUUUGUUUACCGCUACUAUGUUCAUGGCAGGAUGCACUGCACUGAUAAAUUACGUAGCAGCAUUCGUUAUAGUUACAGAAAUUGUGGACUCUUCUAAGCGUGCUCUGGUAGGAUCUUUAGAGGUCGGAGGAUUCACAAUUGGUUACAUGUUGUUACCUGCAGCUGCGUGGUAUUUGACCAAUUGGCGAUGGCUGAUGUGGUUUAUGGGAGCAUUGGGAGUUCUGUUCAUUCCAUAUUACUGGUUGAUACCUGAGUCUCCACGAUGGUUGAUUAUAAACGGAAAAGAAGGAGCUAAGCAAAUAAUUUUAAAAAUUGCAAAAACAAAUGGAAAAUCUCUUCAAGAAGAAGACCUUCUGUCGUUAAACAAAGUCAAGAUGGACAAAGAUUCGACUGAUGGUACAGAAGAGCAGUUUACGUACCUUGAUUUAUUUCGCCAUCCGUCUAUUAGACGAAGAUCAUUUUUAAUGUUUCUCAUCUGGUUUACAGCAAGUAUGGUCUACUAUUGCAUUAGCUUGGGAACUUCUGAUUUGGGCGGAAAUAAAUUUGUCAACUGCUUUGUUGCGGCGGCGGUUGAAAUUCCUGCUUACGUUUCCUCCUAUUUCCUUAUGGAGAAAUUCGGCCGCAGAACCAUUUUAUCCAGUUACCUUAUUUUGGGAGGAAUAGCUUGUGCUGCAGCGCCGUUUUUUUCUUCAAUCAGCGAAUCUCUCAUGAUUGCAUCUUCCAUGAUAAGCAAGUUCAGUGUGACCGGAGUUUUCUCUAUCAUUUACAUAUUCUGUUGCGAAAUGUUUCCAACCAAGAUGAGAAAUAUGAGCGUGGGGGCAUCAUCUACAAUGGCAAGGGUGGGAGCUAUUGCAGCACCCUACCUUAUUUUUGCAGGAGAAAGUGUCAGUCGAUACAUUCCAUACCUAGUAAUGGGAGGAUUUUCUGUAAUGGCUGGUUUAUCAACAUUGCUGCUUCCAGAGACUCUCAAAGUGCCACUACCUGAGACAUUAAAAGACUCCGUCGAUUUAGACAAAUACAAUAUACGUUUAUGUAAGAAGAGAAAUGCUGAAUCUGAAUGUUUGCAUCAAAUGCAGGAAACCAGACAUGAAGAGAAAAUAUGAAGUUUUCUGAUUUUGAAAAAAAUGGCGUUAACGUCUCAUAAUGUUUUGUAACCCCUUCACUGCAUAUGGUAUAUUUUUUGGGGGUUUAGUUUGCUUCUAUCAAUACUGACGGGACAACUAUAUUUAUAUUUUUCAUUUCGUAAGCUAAACAUGAUCACCAUAGCUCUCGGACACGGUGUACAGUGCAUUUCUACUUCAAAUAUUUGUGAAUUGUACAAUUUUUUCGAGUAUCAUCAGACGCCUCAAAAUUCUAGGCGGAACAACUGAAUUAUGUCAACUUCACGGUUCAAUGUGUGAUGUUAUUGUAACUUUUAAUAAGUAGGGUUCGAAAGUUUAACCUCAAUUUUUCAAAUAUAUUACUGAAAUAAACCUCUCCAUCACUCCGUUAUUACUUAUCGAUCUUAAGAUCGGUAUAUGUUAUGUUAUUAUAUGUUACGAUUUCCUGUUUUUACGUGACAGGCGUGUGCAUCCUUGAAAAUUCGAAACAUUUUGAAAAAAAAUCCUUAAAUUCUUUUAAUUCAAAAUACCCUCUAGGAUUAAUGAAAAUUUUCAUAAAUUGCCUAUUGAGUUUAGCCCAUAAUACGAUUUCGUGUAAAUAUAUAAUUAUAUUAAACAAUGCGUAAGAUUGUAGGUUGGAGCGAAUAUAAUGCGAAUUCAAAUUUAAUUCGAAUUAGGGCAGAAAUAAACCAGUUCGACUUUGUACUUUG